GCAGAAAAACAGCCCAGCUGAAAAAAAAAGAGAGAGAUGUCCAGCUCCAGUUCAACACCGCAAAGCCAACAAACCACCACCACCACCACCACCACUCAACAAAAACCACCACCACCACCAACCGACCAGGACUAUCAGAGCAGGGAGACCGCCAAGAUGGUCCCAUUCCCGAUCAACACCCCACAACUAUUCACACCCUCAUCCAAGCCGAACACGACGAGCACCAACGAGCCAGCCAACCCCAGGAACGCGUUGACACCACUCAAGGACACUAACAACCGGCUGGAGAGGAUGCAACAACAACAACCAGCAGCCGGACAAUCGCAGCCGGCCGGCCACAAACCCUUCGUCCAUCCUCCCCCCUCCGUCGAACCGACCAUGUCCGAACUCCUCGCCGCCUCCGCUAACAUCCCCGGCAUCCCCGCCUUCAACAAUGACGGAGCCGGCUUCAUGAGCGACGUCAGAGGCGAUAAUGGUCUCGUUAGUUGGCGCAAAGGCCAGGGCUUUCGCGCCUGGGAAUCCGCUAUCCUCGCUAAUCCUGAAGUCCAACGUAAGGCUAAUGUCGCCCAACUUUACUUCUACGAUCAUUACUUUGAUCUGCUGACUUACUUGAAUGGACGCAAGAAACGCUUGGCGUUAUUCAGAGAGACCUCGACCCGACCGGAGAUAGAUCCAGGCCAAGCGGGGAUGGAGUGGCGAUCGUACUGCGGCCGGGAACGGGCAUUACUCCGGAAGCGACGGACGAAGCUGAAGCUCGAUUCGUUCCACAUCAUCGUCCAAGUAGGGCAGGGCGGGUACGGGGAGGUGUAUCUGGCGCGACACAAGCUAUCGAAGGAGGUGGUGGCGUUGAAGAAGAUGAAGAAGAAGACGCUGUUGAAGAUGGACGAGGUGCGGCACGUGUUGACGGAGCGCGACAUCCUGACGGCGACGAGCAAGUCGGAUUGGCUGGUCAAGUUGCUCUACGCCUUCCAGGACCCCGACUACAUCUAUCUGGCCAUGGAGUUCGUCCCCGGCGGCGACGUCCGUACCUUGCUCAACAACUCGGGCGUGCUCAAGGAAGAGCAUGCCAAGUUCUAUGCCACGGAGAUGUUCGUGGCAGUCGACUCCCUCCAUCGUCUGGGUUACAUCCAUCGAGACCUCAAGCCUGAGAACUUCCUCAUCGACCGGUCCGGGCACAUCAAACUCACCGACUUCGGCCUCGCCGCUGGCUCCAUCAAUCCCGGCAAAAUCCAGUCCCUCAAACAUAGACUCGACGAGGCUAAGGACGAAAACCUUCAGCUCUGGAGAUCCACCGUCGAGAUGAAGACGAUCUAUAAAACUCUCAGACUGCAGGAGCCUAGAUAUGCCGAUUCGAUCGUCGGCUCACCCGAUUACAUGGCCAUCGAAGUCUUGAGAGGCCAAAGCUACAGCUUUUCAGUCGAUUACUGGUCAUUAGGAUGUAUUUUAUUUGAGUUCUUAUCGGGAUACGCGCCCUUUGCGGGCUCGAGUCCGGAGGAGACCUGGGCGAACCUGAAGAACUGGAGCAAGGUUCUCCGCCGGCCACACUACGACAAGCCGGAGGACCAGAUCUUCAAUCUGUCCGACGAGGCCUGGCUGGCUAUCGUCGCCCUCAUCAACGCCAAGGAGAAACGCUGCUCGUCCAUCGAGCAGGUCAAGAAACUCGGCUUCUUUGCCGACUUGCAGUGGGAUGAUAUGCGCCAAGUCGGCCCGCCUUUUAUCCCCUCUUUGGACUCCGAGAUCGAUGCGGGAUAUUUCGAUGAUUUCGGGAACCCAGAAGAGAUGAAGAAGUAUGGGGAAGUGUUUGAGAAAGCGCGCGCGGUGGAGCUCGUCCAAGAACGGGCCGAGGCCGGCGGGCCGCACAAGAACAACUGUCGCGGGGUCUGGGUGGGGUUCACGUUCAAAGGCGGCAAGACCGCCGAGCUCUUGCGCGGCGCCGUCCCCUCCGACCUCCCUCCCAAUCUCGCCCCUUCUUCUGCCGCUUCCCUCGCUAAUCCGUUCCGCGAAUUCGGCGACGACGAUGUCCUCGAAUGCAUGUUCUGAUCCCUUCUUCUCUUACUAACUAACCCCCCCCCCUUUUUUUAGUCUCUUUCAGUUUUACUCGUGUAUCGUCUCUCUCUCUCUUUCUCAUGCAUUCUUCCGUGUUCAUUAAUCUCCACUCUUCUUCGUUCUGGACGACUUUAUAAUGAAGUUGGACAUCCCCUCUUCCCUCUCAUACAUUCAUUCACUUAUUUAUUUAAUUUAAUUUAUUUCUUAAACUAAAAAAAAAGAAAACAUGACAUGGUUUUAAUUUAUGAUUUGUUUCUAGCGUAUCAUCGUCACUCUCCAUUCUUCCCUUUUUUUCUCUUAAACGUCGAGUCCUUUCUUCUCUUGCCUACCACACAAAACAAUAUCGAUAUUGAUAUCGAUAUGACCGUCGAUUUUUUUUUUUCUUUUGUACAUAUAACUUAUAUAUGUACAUACAAGAGUUUUGUUUUUUUUUUGUUGCCGUUUUGUACAUCUCAUCGCUUCGCUACGAUAGUCAAUUUAUUUCCUACAUAUUUAUUUAUUUAUAAUGACUGAAAUGAGAAUCCGAC